UAUAUUUUAUAAAUUCUAUCAUUCCGUUUUAAUAAAUGAAAACCCAUAAGUGCCCCGAAAAAACAAUAUAUAUAUGAAUUUAUAAAGUGAAUUAUGAGAAAAGCGAAGACUGAGAAGACCCACUGUGUCUUCAAAAAUAAUUAGACCGAACUCGAUAGGCAUAUCGUAUUAAAUUAAGAUCUCGCCAAAUAGAAAUACAUUUUCGAGAUGGAGGAACAUGCGCAGCAGUCGUCAGACACUACUUACGUAGUCAUACCUAAGAAGGAAAUUGACGAAGAACUUGAGAUCACGUUCGAAAAGGAAUGCCAAGACAACCAAUUAAUAGUACCGAAAGUAGAGUUUGGAGACGAGUUGAGUGAUAAUUUUGAUGACCUGGAUGAUAUCAACCUGUCAAACCCUAUGAAAAGAGAAAGAAUGUUGAGCGAAGAAUUCAUUAUACCCAAAGAAGAAAUCAUCACAGAUCAAUUAUUGGAUGAUUACGAUUCGGAGCAUCAUGAAGACAGCUUGAUAAAACCAAUUAAGGUUGAACUAAUGUUAAGCGAAGAAAUUGUAAACAUUCGACAGAAAGAUUCAGAAGUGGAAAAGAAAACUGACUUGACUCAAACAUCUAAAUCAUCGGACAAACGUCAAAGCUCCAAGCGUACCAGGAGAUCAGCCGCCGAGCGACUCGCUCAAGAAAAGCCCGAUACAUCGGAAUCGUUUUCUGGCCAUCAACAAAGCUCCAGUCGAAAAAAAACCGCAGCUCAGCGACAUCGGGAGUACAGGGAAAGAAAAAAGUUAAUACUUGCAUCGGAACCAUCUUCUGACAACCAAAAAAGUAAAAGACAAAUGAAAACUGAAGCUCAACGUCAUCGUGAGUACAGAGAGCGGAGAAAGCUGCGCCUUGCAUCGGCACAAGCUAAUAGCAAUAAAAGCGGCAAAGUUAAAACGGAGGCGCAACGUCAUAAAGAGUACAGAGAGCGGCGUAAGAGACUUGCGGCGGAAUCCAUUGACAGCCAGCUGAGCGUGAACAUUCCCACGUCAACGUCCCGCGUGGUGAAGUUCCGAGAACGUGCUCUCAUCAAGAAGCUAUCCACCAUUGUCAAUGCGCAUGCUGUAACCAGGAAGAAAGAUUUGACAGAAGAAAACGAAUCAACCAAUCAGCCUGAUCAAAAAUUGGCUUAUGUUACUAAAAUGAGAACAAGAAGAAUGGCCAGAAUCCAAAAUGACGCGGCUAAGAAUCAAAAUGGCGCCAACAGAUUAAACAAAGCGUCAACUCAAUCAGAUGUCACAAUGGAAGUCGAUGUCGUAAACGCUGAUGGUGAUUAUACCAGUCCGGGAACUAAUGGCAAAGUGUACAGACAGUAUAGUAAGCACGCGAGGGCGCAUAUACAUUUCUUCAAUCUAUUCACAAACAAUACUUUCGGGCACUCGUGUGUUGUAUGCGACAGGCUCUGGUGGGAAAGAGACUUGAAAGAUACAUGUGAAGCCCACCAAGAUACACUGAACAUAAUAUUACCGAACUACGUCACUGGUACAACUGUUCGAGUUUGCGCUACGUGUAAAGUCGCUUUGGACAAGCAGAAAAUCCCGGCUCUGUCCACCUACAAUGGAUUCCGUUACCCAGAAAUCCCACCACAUUUACCCAAACUAGACACCAUUUCCAAAAGGCUCAUUUCUCCAAGAAUACCGUUCACGCAAAUAAGAAGGCUGAGACAUGUUCAAGGUCAGAGUGCAGUUAAUUUACAAAUCAUCAACGUGCCAGUAGAAGUUGACACACUGGUCAACCGCAUACCCAGGUCAUUUGACGACGAUCACUGCUUCUAUGUCAACAUCAAGAAGAAGUUAAUUCAUAAAACGAGUUAUGUCGACAGACUUAUUAACAAAAAACACAUUGAAGAAUGGCUGGCGCAUUUAAUUCCGACACCGGUUUAUGUUCAUCAUAAUAUUACCGUUGAUGAGGACUUUUUUAAUAAUUACGAUGUACCAGAACUCAACAUCGAGGAAGUUAGUGAACCCGAAGAAGAUAACAUCAAAGCUCAACAGCAAACUCUGAUUUGGAAUGAAGAUAUGUUUUUAAAUGUAGCAUCCGGUGACAAAGUGCUUCAAGUUAGCAAACUGUUUGACGGAAACACCGAGGAGAUGUCAUUUCCGACGAUUUACGGCGGACAGUUUAGAAGUUAUAGAGAAGGAGUCCACGCAUCGCCGUUCAUGCAAGCCACCAGUGAAUUGCGGCGUACGGACAGACGUGGCGUCGAUCCUGAACAUCUUUUAUAUAUGGCCGUUAAAAUCAUGAGGCAACGUAUUAAAGAUAGUGUGGCAAUUGCGUUCAAACACGUCGGAGCUGCUAAAGAUUAUAUGAAAUCUGAAGGCUAUAUAGAGCAUUGCAUUGAAACGAAUCUAGCGUUUCUGCGUUGCAUACCCAAUUCAGCUUGGUAUUGGUCGGAUAGGAAGAAAGAUUUGUUCUCGGUGAUAAGGCAGAACGGCGCUCCGACAGCUUACAUUAGUCUCAGUGCCAAUGAAACUGGAUGGGACGAUCUGCUUAAGCUGUUAUACAAGUUGAGAAAUUCUGGAGCAAAAAUCUCAGAUAAAGCCUUCGCUAAACUAAGCUACGCACAAAAAACGGAAUUAGUUAAUGAGGAUGCUGUCACAUGUGCGAUUUACUUCAGCAAGAUGGUCAAUUGUUUGAUUCAAGUUUUACAAUGCAAAAAGAAAUGUCCGUUCGGAAAAUAUCGGGUACUGCAUUAUUUUAAAAGAAUUGAAUUCCAACACCAGGGUAGUCCGAUCGCACAUAUUCUUUUGUGGCUGGAGAAUGCUCCGGCGUGUUUUAGCAAUGUUGAAGUGUCUAAAAUGGUCGAGGAGUUGGUUUCUGUGUCAGCGUCUGAAGCAUCUGGUAACAUCAAACACCAAACCCAUAGGCACACUUUUCGGUGUUAUAAGAAAACGGAUAUUGGCGAGCGAGUUUGUAGAUUCGGAGCACCUUUUUUGCCGGUUCGAAAAACGAUAAUAUUAUCACCAAUGAAGGAUUCUGAUAAUGAAGAAGCUUCUGAGAAAUAUAGAGAGCGUUACAGACAACUCCUUGAUAAUCUAGAAAGUGUUGAUUAUACGGAUUUCGGGCAUUACUACGCUCACAACAACAUAGAAUCUGACGAGCAGUACUAUGACAUUAUACGCGCGGGCAUUAACAGUACCCAGUUGUUCUACAAACGAAAGCCAUCAGAAAAGUGGCAUGAAACUUUCAAUCCAUUCGUACUUCAUCACACGAAUUCUAAUAUGAGCAUACAAAUCAUCCACGAUGACUAUUCUUGCGCUGCUUUCGUCGCUAAAUGCGCAAGAAGAAGCAACAGAGGUAUCAGCGAUUUACAAUGUCGAAUCCUAGAGGCGAUGGAACAUCCAGAAUUCGAUAUAACCGAGAUAACAAGACAUACAAGCGUCGAUAUAUUUAACUCCAUUGAGAUGUCCGCGCAGGAAGCAGCGUGGUAUCUGUUAAGGGAGCCCAUGGCUAAAUCGUCCAUAGCGACAGUUUACAUCCCGACCGUACAUCCAGCCGAACGUCAGAGGAUUAGGAAAACCCUCUCUGCGUUGAAUGCAAUGGAUGAUGAUUAUUCCGAUAUCUGCAAAGAGAACUGGUUCGAUAAGUAUGAGAAGAGGCCCGCGUAUUUGGGCAAAGUUACCUUUGCGCAAUUUGUCGCGAAGUAUUGCAAAAACAACAAAGGGGAGUACAUCGAAAGAAAAGAAGCCAAAGUUAUAAGAUACCGCAACUACGAAAUGGUUGAACACUUCAACGAUUAUAGACGAGAAAUGGUGUUGCUGCACAUACCAUUUAGAAGUGAGGAUAAGGAUAUUCUCGCUGAUAAUAAAUUCGUCCAAUUGUUUGAAGACAACAAAGAUGUCAUUUCAGAAAGACGGAAAGAUUUUGAGUCAAGUCCUGACAUCCAUAAUACUCUGGAACUGUGCGGGAAAAUGUGUCGAGAUGAAACGGAGAACGAAGAAGAACCAUUAAGAAGCGAUGAUCAGGCGCCGUUUGAAGCAUUCUCUUACCAGCAGUUGCUUAGUGAACUGCGACCGGAUGAUAACGCAUCACAUGAAAAACUCUGUGCGAAACUGAGAGAAAAUCCAAUAGAUACCGAACAGUUUCAUCAGCUAAUGAGAUCAGCAAACCAAGAGCAAAAGGAACUUCUUAUGCACUUAAUGUAUCACCUGCAAACUCUAGAUCGUUCGCCGUUUCAAUUUUUUUGAAGAGAUAAGAUAAAUCACAAAAUUCGAAACGAGCGAACGUGGCAUGUUUCUAUUUCGAUGUCCCGCUACUGGGCUCUGACUUCCCGUCUCUUAGGGGAGAGGGUACCAGCGCUGCUCCAAUACAGCUUAACGUGUAGCCAGGCACGAGGUUGGACAACGCAAAUUUACUAACUUUGGGCUGGUGGAGAAAAUUUCUUGACAUUCAAUCUCAAUACCAUUUAUGCCCAUUAAUAGAACCCAGUAGACCCACGACCCCUUGAUAGUGUUCGCCUCAUCACUCUAGGACAUCCUGUUCUGUAUAUAUGGAUGGCCUUUUGGAAGGACUUACACACUGACGAUUCCUCAACUUCUUUUUCUGUUCCAAAGGCGUGCAUUUGUGAUGAGACAUAUUAAGACAAACGGCAAUGCUUAAGCCAACUUCUGGCCAGGGUUUUUUUCAUUGUAAUAAUUGACCGACCAAGCAGACGGCCCACAUGAUGGUUACUGGAAAACCGUCGCCUAUAUACAAGGCAACUCUAAGCAGAGCAUACAAAGUAAGCAUGUCCAUCAACCUGAGGCGUCGUUUUUAAGACUCAUGAGCUUGUAAUACAGCAACUACCACACCUUUGCUUAGCGGCAGAAAUAAGUGUGGCGGUAGUACUUCCCCGGACGAGCUCUGUCACAAAAAGUUCCACUACUACUACAAUAUGAUUUAAGGAGUAGCAAAAUAAACUGGGUAAAUAUAAAGAAAUGUCAGGGCAUUGUGGCUUGCGAAGAAGUACCAGGGUAUAAUGAAUGGCUAAGAGAUAUCUGGUAUGAUCAGAAAAACUACUAGAUUAUCACUUCCCCGGACGAGCUCUGUCACAAAAAGCUCUACUAGUACUACUACAUGUUUUAAGGAGUACCAGAAUAAUGCAAAUAUAAAGAAAUAUGAUGGCAUUAUGACUGGCUCAGAAGUUCCAGGGUAUAAUGAAUAGCGAGGAGGUACUCUGGUAUGAUCAGAAAAACUACCAGAUUAUCACUUCUCCGGACGAGCUGUCACAAAAACCUCUACUACAGCUAAACAUACUACUCUAUUACAAAUAAAGUACUUAAAGUGGUCUGAUUUCUCGAAAUACUACACGUUAUUUUACAACCCUCUUGUCUUUGGCCCGCGUAGUUUCAAUACUAAAAUGUAAGAUAUUUUAUGUGAUGUAAUCACCGUUUUAAACAUUUAUUUAUUUUUCAACUUACGACUAGUAUUAAAGGAAUCUUCGUAAUGCACUGGCGUAGAUUCUGAUGCACUUAUCAACAUACAUAAUAACUAUAUUUUAGUAACCUACGUACUAAACUUUAUCAAUGUAACAAAUGAAUCACAGAGCAAUUUUUGUCAGUUCAGUCAGAGUACGAUAAAACAGAUCCGUUCUCUCAGCUAUGUCGUAAUAUAUGUGUGUAAUAUGUGAAUAUAUAGAAACGAAAAUUAUAUAUUGUAUAAUCUACUCACAAUAAUUCCAAUUUUGAAAUAACUUUCCGUAGGUACAAGAAAUUCAGUAGUGUGAUAAGAUAAUAAAAUAUUUACAGUAAUAAAGUAUAAUGCCCUAAGUAUUAAAUGUCACUUUCAAAGUA